GUGGAUGUGUGCAGGGAGGUUCCUGCGCUUCCAGGGCACAUCUGUGCGCCGGGAGCUGCAGGAGGAUUGAGCCGGAGCCGCUCACAUCCGAGGCUGGCUCCAGGCAGGGGAGGGAAGGGGAGGGGGCUGGUGGUGGUGGUGGUGCGGGGUGUGUGUCUCGCACACGCACACGCGCGGCAGCCCGGGACCGCAGGCACCUCCUCCCCGCCGCAUUAAAACGAGCCAAGUUUCCACGCCGCGGGCAGCCGCACGUCGGAGCGCGGCGCCGGGUCGGGUCCGGUGCUGCAGCCCCGCUGGGACCGGCCCGGCCCCAGGAUGCACCUGAACGCCACGGCUCCUCCGGCCGUGACCGGCGGCCCCCUCCACCUGCAUCCCAUCGGCUACGCCAAUGCCUCCAACCGCUCCGACCUGCUCCCCAAAGUGCCCGACGAGGAGGACCUGGACGUUAACACCGACAUCUACUCCAAAGUGAUGGUGACCGUCAUCUACCUGGCUCUUUUCCUGGUGGGCACGGUGGGUAACUCUAUCACGGCGUACACGCUGGUGCGCAAGAAGUCGCUGCAGAACCUGCAGAGCACCGUGCACUACCACCUGGCCAGCCUCGCCUUCUCCGACCUCCUCAUCUUCCUCCUCUGCAUGCCCAUCGAGCUCUACAACUUCAUCUGGGUCCAUCACCCCUGGGCUUUUGGGGGGGCCGUCUGCAAGGGCUACUACUUCCUCCGGGACGCCUGCACUUACGCCACGGCGCUCAACAUCGCCAGCCUCAGCGUGGAGCGCUACAUGGCCAUCUGCCACCCUUUCAAAGCCAAGAGCAUCAUGUCCCGUAGCCGCACCAAGAAGUUCAUCAGCUGCAUCUGGAUCGCCUCCUUUCUCCUCGCCAUCCCCAUGAUCUUUACCAUGGGGGAGAUCUACGGCAAGGACCAGAAUCCCGACUCCCUCAUCUGCACCACCAUCGUGGACGCCUCCACGCUGAAGACCGUCAUCCAGGUCAACACUUUCAUCUCCUUUGUGUUCCCAAUGGUCGUCAUUUCUGUGCUCAACACCAUCAUCGCCAACCAGCUCAUGGUCAUGUUCAAGCAGGCUGCCCAGGAAAACCAGGUCUGCACCAUUGGUGGGCAGCAGACGAUGCUCAGCAUGUCCAUGGAGCCCAACCGUGUGCAAGCCUUGAAGCACGGCGUGAGGGUCCUACGUGCUGUGGUGAUUGCCUUUGUGGUCUGUUGGCUCCCUUAUCACAUACGGCGUCUCAUGUUUUGCUAUGUCCCCUCCAGUCACUGGACAGACUCCCUUUUCAACUUCUACCACUACUUCUACAUGCUGACAAAUGUCCUCUUCUACAUCAGUUCGGCAAUCAACCCCAUCCUCUACAACCUGGUGUCUGCAAACUUCCGACAGAUCUUCCUGUCUACGCUCACGCUCCUGUGCCUGCCGUGGAGGAAGAAGAAGAAACGACUGGCCUUCACCAGGAAAUCCAACAGCAUCUCCAGCAACCACACAUUUUCCAGCCAGGUCACAAGGGAAACUACAUACUGAAGCCAAAGGACGAAGGGAAAUGCAUUUCAUCGUGGAGUCAAAACUCGAGAGAGGCCUCUGUGACUUUCAUGCAUGGUCUCCAAAUUCACGUGUAACACAAAUGUGUUUAGCAAAGUCAUUUUUGUUGGAAGAAUAGGCUUCGUUCUGCCAGUAACUUUGAGGUUAUUUUAAAGCAUUGGCCUUGCCUCUUGUGAGUAAUGUCUACACGUUUUGUAACUUCAGUCUGGCAUAAAUCAAGAUGCAGUGUUAACUGGGAAGCCAAAAUAUGUUAUACUUAGGCAAAAAUCAUACUGCAUUCAUCCUUGUCUCAAUGCAGAGAUGCCAUGUUCACAUCCAAGGGUUUGAGAUCCCGUCUCUCAGUGGCACCGAGCAGAGAGUCUGAUGAGGAGAAAGCAGUUUUGAACAGAAAAGGAUGUUUUUGGAGAAUGGACAUGCUGUUCUAUGGGAUGUUCAAUGGAUGAGGAGUGAAAACUCAGGGAGCCAGGUGGUUACUUUAGGAAUAUAUCUACUUUAUGAAUAAUACGACCUAGGUGCUCAAAAGAGCCAAUCUGGCUCCUUGGAAUGAAAUAACAACAUAUGAUGCCUUACCUAGGUUGGGGUGGCUGUGACCUGGGGGAAUGAGGGUCACCUUUCACUUUAGGGCAUCUGUAGUGCCUGGCACAGUGAAUCCCCUCUCCUGCUGGUAUUGGUACUUCAACAUCAAUAAAUAGCAAAGUCUCUGGCAAAGUCAAGAAGGCAGAAACUGUGCCCAGCUGGAGCACUGAAAAUGAACAGAAAUGGAAAAUCUUCCUUUUUCCAUAUAGCCAAAUACUGUUUUAAACCUGGGAGAACAGUUAGCUGGCCUGCAUUAAGAGAUUAAAAAAUGUCAGGCUCUGUGGACCUUCAGGUUUUUCCCAUUCUUAUUCCAAUUUUACUUGCUUCCUUACCAUUUUCUCAAAGCUUGAUGGCUCAGAGGUCACAUCAGUUGUUAGAAGCAGGGCCUCUUGCUCUGCCUAUUAUUUCUUUCUGCUACCAGACCUGUUGUCACCCAGAUCUGCACAAAAGAAUCUUCAGGUAUUGCAAAUGGAGGACUCAAAAAGGUCUAAACUGGGGAGUCUUAGCUCUAAAAUAACUUUCUUUUAACAGGCAAAAGGAGCAGAAACAAGACCUGAAAAUUCUCCUUGACAUUUCUCAGUUGGUCAGGAUAGGUAGCAUGAGCUUUUCCCCCAUAUGGUUCCACUUCUAACAGCCCACUGUGCGAUGCACCAACUGCUCCAGAGUCUUUGGCAAAGGAAAUCACAGGCUUCUGGGACAAGCUAAAGGGCUUUCCCUGCUGUCACAUCACCAGAUGGUGACUUACACGAACCUGGAACCAAUCCAUCAUCCUCUGCAACCUCUGCUGUGAUUUUAUUGGUGGUGACCUUGCGUCCCCUUUCACACCACACUUUGUUAGGAGAGCAGGGCUUGCCUCUUUAUGAUGACAAAUGAUGAAAAGAGUCACUCAGCUCAAUUCUGCUUUCUGGUCCCAUGCCACUCCAGCUAACAAGCACCCUUGGUACUUAGCAGAAGUCUCAAUGAUGGAGAUGUGGGUCUAGUCCCAGUGAACUCACACAGUGAUCCACUUACUGAUCCACUGGGUACCGGUGGCUUCUCCUGGUGUAUAUGUGCUAUCAUAGAAUAUCUCAGGUUGGAAGGGAUUUAUAAGGAUCAUCAAGCCCAACUCCCUGGACUAGUGGCUUAAGUCCUAUUGGGCUUAGGACAUAAAGAAAAUGAUUGUGGGGCAUUUUCUGUGAGUCGUUAGAGAAAGCCAUCUGCUUCUGAGGAAUACAUAACCUUGCAGUUGUAAAGGCUUAGCUACCAUCAUAGGCCUGGCUACCAUCAGCCGUGGCCCCCAACCACACCACAGACUGGAGAUUAUUUUAACCUUUAGUACAGAACCACUCCCAAAGAAAGGGCUCAAAAUAGAAGUCAGUGAGGCUUUAGUUUCAGUUUCUUCUGAUUCAGCCAAACUGCAAGCUCUCUCCUGUCAUGCCUUCUAAUUCCUUGCCCUGGUUGUACCAAACAGGGGGCAGAGAUUACAGCUGACAAAGCACUUUAGUUUCUCAUGCACAGUUGACUCUUCUUAGGCAUGGAAAACAGGUAGUGGCACACACGAAAUAAUAAAGAAAUUAAAAAGCACAAAGGAGACUGGUCUCUUUGGAAGGAAAUCUGAGAAAUCAGCAAAUGUCAUCUGUCUGACUGUUUGAAAUAGCUUCGGCAGGCUGGAGAAAGCUCUAGAAUACUGAUACGUAAUGCCUUGUACAAUGAGUAAAGGAAGAAGAGUCUUAAUGUCACACACUUAACAUUGGCACUUCCAGUGUUUCUGGAGAGCAUCCACAUAUUUUAACUUCACCUCUAAAAUGAGCCAGCAGCUGGGAGGUGGUUUUGGAAACCUCCCACAGAAGCUGUAACUGUUGCUUUGACUUCCCUUGGGAUUUAACACCCUGCGUGUCUCAGUUCCUUUUGAAAGGUUAAACAUUAUUAAUAUACUCCUUCAACACCAACCAACCUGCUGAAAUGUGCUGGGUUAUCUUAGAGAACACUGUUCAAAAACUUGGUUUUUCACAUAAGAUGCUUGUAUCAGAUUUUCAUUACUGAGAUACACAAGCAGAAUACAGAAUAUUUGAUCACAGCUCAGAGAAACUGGUGGGUUUAUUUCUGGUUUGGCAUGAAAAUGGGAACAAGCUGGAGUAAAAAUGAAGUUAUCAUAAACUCUUUCCACAGUAUUUGCUGGGCCACUCAAGUCCUAAUAGAUGACUAUUCGGGGGGAUUUAUCCAAGCAGUCUGAGGGGUUCUACAGCUCCGUUCCUGCAAUCUAACAUGGGAGCAGACCUAAAUCUAUGGCCUUAACCUGAGAUUGAGGCUCAAAGCUACCUCUUUCACUGGCCAAAUCUGACUACCUUGAGCUGAGAAGUGUAAGUUACAGCUGAUUUCAUCUUCUCCUCCCUCCUCACCUAGUUUUGCUAUGUUCAAUAGAGAUAUUUAGUUCCCUUGAGCUCAGAGAAG